AUGUCGGAAAGCGGAAAACAUGGAGGGGGAAAAAGGGAGGAUCAGGGAGGUGGAAGAGGAGGCGGAGGAGGACAGGGUCUGGACCCUUCCCAUGGACCCCUUCUCCCUGACCUCCGGCCCUCUCCGCCCGUGACGGAGGGUCCUACGCCCCGCCAGCCCGCCCACAGGAGGCACCUCCCGCGGGGCAUCGUGAUCCAGCUGACGGGCACGGAGGGAAAGUGGGACAGCCUGGACGACGGCGAGCUCCUCAUCUCCGGCCUCCACCCCGACGACGAGGACCCCUGCCCCCUCAUCUCUCUGUCCACCGAGGGGGAGGCCUCCCCUGAGGAGGGCGAACGGGAGCCAUGCUCCAUGGCCUUCCCCUUCCCUCUCUCCCCGUCCUCCCCCGACUCUCUGGGGAGCUGCUCUCCCUCCUUCGCCACGCCGGCGCCCGGUCUGUCCAGCUUCCUCUCCCCGGGCCCGCCGUCGCCGACGCACCGGCCGGCGCCAGCCGGCCUGGUGAAGUCCCUGUCCACGGAGCUGGAGCUGAAGGAGGGCUCCACGCUGAGACCCCGCCCGCUGCUCACCCUGGUCAAGUCCAUCUCCACCGAGCUGUCCCGCUCCGAACCGGAGGUGUCCCAGUCCAAGUCCGACUCCCGCCUCAACCUCCACCUGCUGAAGCAGCUCACCCAGCACAAGGGCCGCGGCGGCGGCGGCGGCAGGGACUCCCGCACCGCGCCCCCCUCCCCCGGCUCGCUCUCCCCCAGCGGGGAGGGCCCGAGGGGGAGCUUCUUCAAGCUGGAGCUGGAGGACACCAAGAAGAAGCUGUCGGAGGCCAUGCAGGAGCCCCUCAGCAGCAUGUUCAGUAAGAUGCGGCGGGACGAGAGCAGCGGGAGCCCCAAGCACCAGUGGCGAGCACCGCAGGGGGCCGGGCCCUCGCCGGGGCGCGCGGAGGGGACGACGGACCCGGGGGCCUCUCAGGAAUCUCCGUUGAGGAGUGCGAAGAGAGCCGACACGAUGGACCUUCCUCCCGCCUUCGACUGGCCCGGCGUUAGGCAUCCGAGGAGGGGACGCCACGAAGCAUGCCCGGUACACCACCACCGCCGCCACCCCGUCAGCCGGCCCAACCACAGGGACGAGGGACUGGAGGUAUGCGCCGACGCCGUGCGAGUCAUCGGCGUGGAAAACCAAAGGAGAGAAGAUAGCGCUCCGGCUGGGUCUCAGCCCUCUUUCAGUGCCGCGAUCAGGACCGAUCCCCCGGCCCCGGUACCGGCCAUGAGCCUGCUGUGUGUGGCCGUGUUGUCGUACUUGUACUUCACGCUCCCGCUGGGCCCCUACCUGUCGGGUGCGGGUCUGGGGCUGGCUCUGGGCUUCCUCCUGGGGCUCUUUCUCCUCAGCCUAGGCUCUUCCAGGUGUCGGAGACCACCCCCCACAGGCAGACGGAAAACUUCCCUGUUGGGACUGGAGAUGGGAGCCGGGAACGUUGUUGCCAGCACUGAGCCUGAUGUCCUCAAGGGUUGGAUGAAUGAGAUGCAGGAGUACGACCCGGAAACCUCCCACCCGUCUCUGAUGGCGUCAGUGUUUGCCUCCCUGGAGGGCUCCUCCCUUUGCCUGGAAUCCCCGCGGUGGAACAUCAGCCGCUGGGCCCGGUACGAAGACGACACGCCCCACGCCGGCAGCUUCGUCAGAAGGCGUACUUUCCACCUGGUCAACAGCAGGGUGUCCCUCCUGCCGUCGGUGCUGGCCCGUAAACGGGCGUGGAACCCCAAGUACCCCAUCUGCAUCCAGCUGGCCGAGGGAGCCUCCUCUCUGGGAGGGGGGGAGGCGGUGUCCCCCGAGCCCCAGGAGAGCCAGGGGUUAGGGGAGCCUGACCCGGUGGACCCAGUGACCCCCAACAGGCAGCCCGGCCAUGGCUCCCAGCCUGCGCCGCACCCUCCCACCACGCUCUACCUCUUCGGCCGCACGGGACGAGAAAAGGAAGAGUGGUUCCAUCAGUUCCUGUCCGCGUCCCUUGACGGCGCAGGACGAGAGAGGGACAGGUGGAAGAAGCGGGGGGAUGCCAGACCUGUGAACAGAGCGGAUGACCUCUCAUCUACCUCAACCCUGCAAAGCCUAAGUCCCCCAAGUCAGGGCAGGGUCAGCUGCGGCGCCAGCAGACAGGGCAGCGCUGAGGAGGACGAAGCCCUUUCUUCACCUCCGGUCCAGCAGCAACAUCAUCAGCAUCUUCAUCAUCCCACCCCGCCCGUCUCUGCCCCAGGCCCCCAGACCUCAAGCGGCUCCAUUGGGGGGCUUUCCCUGCUGGACUACCCCAGCUACAUGGCUCGCCUGCUGGCCUCGGCGGAGAGGCUGAGUCCCCUCCCCAGCCCCACGGCCGCAAGCAGUGCGGAAACAAGUCCCACCGCCGUCGGGGACAGAUGUACCUGCGAUCUCCCAGAGUCCCCGGCGUGGGCGAACGCGCUCGUCGGUCGGAUCUUCUGGGACUUCCUGCGUGAGAGGCUCUGGUCCGACGCCAUGUCCCGCAAGAUCCAGAAGAAACUGAGCAGGAUCCACCUGCCCUACUUUAUGAACGAGCUGACUCUGACGGAGCUGGACAUGGGCUCCUGCAUGCCCCAGAUCACGGCGGCGUCCGGCCCAGAGGUCAACCAUAGAGGUCUGUGGCUGGAGCUGGAGGUGGUGUACACGGGCGCCCUGCAGAUGACCCUGCAGACCAAGUUCAACCUGUCUAAGCUGGGCAAGGAGGGCAGCAGUGAACCGUGUUGUCCUGACAUGGGCCUACAGGGGUUCAGACCCAUCCUGGGGGUGCUAGCGGACAGCGAUGAGGAGUCCUCCAGCGCCGGGUCCUCAGACGAAGAGGAGCUGCUCCUCUCCGAGCCUCAGGUUGCUUCUGGCGACAGGGGAGGCCCCCACCUCACUGAGGGAGCCCCGGGAGGCCGGAAAGGGAGGAGGAUUUUGAAGUUUGUCGACAAAAUUGCCAAAUCAAAGUACUUCCAGAAGGCCACUGAGAACGAGUUCAUCAAGAAGAAGAUCGAGGAGAUGUCCAACACUCCUCUGCUGCUUACCGUGGAGGUGCAGGAGCUAUCAGGAACCUUGGUCAUCAACAUACCACCACCCCCGUCCGACAGAAUAUGGUACAGUUUCUGUAUGCCACCCAAGCUGGAUCUGCGGGUGCGUCCCAAACUGGGUGAGAGGGAGGUGACCUUCUGCCACGUCACUGAGUGGAUUGAGAGGAAGCUGCAGCAGGAGUUUAAGAAGGUUUUUGUACUUCCUAACAUGGAUGACAUCUACGUGCCACUGAUGCAUUCUGGGUUGGACAGUCCCCUAGUGUCCCAGAAGCUCUCCCCUCAGUCUGAACAGUCUCCUUUCUACGUGGACUCCAUGGAGAGAGACCCAGCAGAGAUCACUAGGGCAGAAUCUCACUAGUGUCCAGAAGGAAGUGUUCUAUCUCCAUCAACGAUUUUCAUAUACACAUUAUUUAAUGUCUAAAUGUAUUUUUUAGAUUAUUUUGUAAAAGAUAAAGGGAUUUAU